GUAUCCUAUUUAUUUUUGUAUAGGCUACUGUCAUCUUAUCCUGGUUCUGGUUCCUAGUGCAUGGCAAUCAAAUCUCGUAGCUUGGAUGCUUGGGUUUUUGUACUAUCUGACAAAAAUUGUCGAAAAAAGAGGAGAAAUCCCUACAGAUUUCUGGAUUGCAAUGGUGCCUGCUUUCUUUUAUUAUGUUGGCACUUCUUACAUCAUGAACGAGAAGCUGAGAGAGCUCUAUGGUAUUCUCUUGAAAAUCAAGGCUACAAGGAACGAAGCAACGAGCAUUUUGGAGACUUUUCCGUAUGCUUUCAUGAUUCAUCCUGCUGAUUCUGAGAUCGAUGCAGAUAAUUGUUUCUUCACUAAUGAAGAAUUCAAUGAAAAGAUAUUUGAUUUCAAGAAUAGUUCGACUGAAAUUAGCAACAUUAGUGUAGAAUUUGACCAGACCACUCCGGAUGGGGAAGUUAAAGUCAAAUGUGACCUCAAGGAAUACCUUGACCAAGUGCACAAGAGGAUGACGAAUCUCGAUAUUUUUGAGCAGAGCAGCGUCAGAAUUUAUAGAGGAAAUGCAUGUGCACAUGACAAGCUUAAAGAAGACCAAGUUUAUACCAUCAAGAGUAUUGAAGUGAAGUGGAGAGGACAAUGUUGUUUCAUGGAUGUGUUCAUAAGCGGGUCUGACACUGCACGGCUCAAUCAAGCUCAAAACAAUAUUAAAAACCAGAAAGCCAUGUUUGACAGAAUUAGUAAUGAAUUUAAAGCUUCUCUUGGCUCUAUUAUGAGCUCUAUAAAAACUGUUGAGCAUAACAUGAAAGAAGUUGUGGAUUUUAUAGCAAGUCGCCACCAACCAAAUAAAGAUUUCAAAGACAGUCUUAGACAUCAUUCAAAAGAGAUAUUUGGGCAGUUGAAAGCAGUAAGGAGUCAUUCGCAGCUCCUCGAGUCUUUGGCUAAGGAUAGUGUUGAUAUUCCAAAGAUCGAAGCCAACACUUUCAAUCCAUGAAUGGGAAAUCUUGACCUUAAUGAUUUGGUAAAUCAAGUUCAUGACAUUUGUACUUACCAAUGCAAGCAAAGGGACUUGGAGUUUACUAUGCAGAUGCAGGAAUGUCUUGAGAAUUUGACGAUUACUAGCGAUAGAAAUAUCAUAAUGCAAGCAAUUCUGAAUCUAUUUGUGAAUAGUCUUCAACAUAUGGAUAAAGGCAGCAUUCAUAUUUCGUUCAAGGCGAAGCAAGCAACAGACCACAACUAUAUACAAUUCACAAUCACAGACACUGGAACUGGAAUAGACCAGGAAGACCAGGAAAAGUUGCAAGAGAUGCUCGAGAUAGAUGAAGUAUUCAAAGCUUAUGACAUCAACGAGAGAGAGAUUGGGCUUGUGAUUGCCAAGAAAUACAUUAACCAACUGCAAGGCAAGAUAAAGUUUACUUCCCUUAAGAGAGGAACAACUGUGAGGUUUAUUAUUCCAGCUAAUUCAAAGUCUAAAAUUCCAAUAAUCAAAGGAAAAUACAAAGCAAGCUGUUCCAACCUAGUUAUCAAAGGAUUUGUCGGAAAGGAUGAGAACUACUGGCCAAUCUCAGACGAACCACAGGAGCUUGAAAUAGAAGAUAGAAAGCAUUUUAAUGAGCUAAUGAUAGGCCAGGAUGAUUUCAAUGAAAUGCUGAUAAAAGAUAUCUCUGAGGAUAUCUCAUUAAGCGGGAUGAGAGAAAUCAAACUUCUCACCUCCAUCAACACGAGCGCUAUGAACUAAUCACCAUAUUA